AGGCAGCGCCUGUCCGGCCUCCCUUCAGUCUGUUCGGUCCUCGACCCUGCUUGCAAGAUGCCUGAGCCCGCAAAGUCCGCUCCAGCCCCGAAGAAGGGGUCGAAGAAGGCGGUGACCAAGGCGCAGAAGAAGGACGGCAAGAAGCGCAAGCGCAGCCGCAAGGAGAGCUACUCUGUGUACGUGUACAAGGUGCUGAAGCAAGUGCACCCGGACACGGGCAUCUCGUCCAAGGCCAUGGGCAUCAUGAACUCGUUCGUGAACGACAUCUUCGAGCGCAUCGCGGGCGAGGCUUCGCGCCUGGCGCACUACAACAAGCGCUCGACCAUCACGUCUCGGGAGAUCCAGACGGCCGUGCGUCUGCUGCUGCCCGGGGAGCUGGCCAAGCACGCGGUGUCGGAGGGCACCAAGGCCGUCACCAAGUACACGAGCUCCAAGUGAGUGCGUGAGGUCGCCGUUCUGUCUGCACUUCACCCCCAAAGGCUCUUUUCAGAGCCACCUACCUCUUUCAGAAAAAGAGCAGCUUGUAACCUUUUGUUAGUAUUUCUCUGCUUUUUGGAGUGAGGCCUGCGAGUUUUUUUAGGUGACUGGAUAAAAUGGACGGGUUUCUAAAGUGGUUUCUGUGUGUAUUGUGUGUAUGUAUGCAUUUGUAGACAAUCUGCAAGGUUAAGUUUGCUUUGAUGGAAGUCCUAGGGAAAAAAAUGGGACUUAUUCUUGCUGCGGUACCAGGGCGUUGAUCUGACUGUAAGAAGCGUUCUGCCCUCCCGUCUUUGGCCGGGCGCCUGCGCUGCUUAAAAACCUUGAUAUGGCGUGUUUUCCGCCUUAUUGUGAGGGCAAAGUAAAUGUCCCCUUGCAGCGCUAGAGCGCCGAGCUCCGGAGGUUGGAGCCGCUGCUCAUUGUCUCCUAUACUCGGGUUUUGCGGGGAAAUUGAAGAAGGACCCGCGGGAGCGAUGAGGCACGGUGACUGCACCUCGCGUUUUACACCGAACCCAACAACCUGGUCCCCUCCUGCUUCCCGUGUUCUAUUAGGACAGCGGUGCCACAGACUCUUGGAAAGGGCCCUGUCGGCCAUCGCAAUCCUGUCGCUUCAUCCCGCCUCUAAAACCCUGCGCGAAGGCACUUGCAUUGUAAAUCUGAAUAGCAAACUUCCUCCGCAAGACACGCUCCGAGCUUCUUUCCAGUCGCUCUGGUGUUCCCUCCCCUAGCGCUGGGGGCGGGCGGUCUCAGGUCUGGCACAGGCCACAGCAUCCGCGAGGUUCUGCUCGUCAGCCAGGUACGGCCGGCGCGCGUCCCUUCCGACCUGGGACGCUGGCGACACCCCCGCUUGCACCCCAGCUCUCCUGUGCUGUCACUCCUGAGCGCUGUAGUCGCCUGGAGUACGCUGUUCCGGCGGAUGGGAAAGGGCGUCGGCCUCCUCUGCCACCCCGUGGCCACAAGCAGAAGCACAGGUCCCGGCGCGUUUCCGGGGCUGCAGGGGUGAGGCUCCUAGGCAAGGAGGCCCGGUUCCUGGUCACCCCUGGAUCUAAAACCGAGUCUCCAGGAGUCAUUCGCUCGUGGGCGAGGGCAGGGUAGUGGGGACACGGCCAGUGGAAAGGACUGUUCAUUUCUAGUCCAAACCAAAAAAAACCCCACAAAAGUAGUUCUAAAAAUGCUCUAGUUUAGUCCUCAGCAUGGUAAAUAUCUGACUACUAUAAAUCCGAACCCCGACGGAAAUAACGAGCCUUGGCUUCUUUUGCCAGGCUGAUGGUCUGAAGAUUUGGCGCAUAUUAGGCAUAUGAUGAGCCUAUGGUUUUCCCACCAUGAACAAGCCAGUGUAGAUCCAGCAACUGCAACCAUAUGCAGGCUUUCUUAAAUUUCUUUCUCUCACCUUGGAGCAAGGUUGCUGUUUCCUUUUCAGCCCAGGUAGACUUCCGCAGAUGGGCUAAUUCUUUUCCAAAUGCUCGAAUCAGCACUUUGGCAGUGUCUACUCCUAACCGUGUCCAAACACCCCACGAACACUGCCACUUUGACAGGGCUGAUGUGACAUUUCACCUGGGCCUGGGAUGGGUCCCUUGGAAAGGUGCUUGGAGCAGAGGGGGCAGCAGGGCACCCACUGCUCUCCAGCUGCAACCCUGUAUGAGUCCAGGCCGUCUUUCCCUUCCCGGCUUUGUACUAUGGGUGGUGAGGCAGGACUGCUGGUCCUCCGAGGCUCCUUGGCCAUGCCAUCCAUCCCGAAUGAAGAGUUGUGCCCAUCCCUCCUGCCCCACAGGCCUGCUUUCUCCCAGGGCUAUCUCUGGGACCCACAAGAUGGACACAGAACUCUGCCCACGAGGUGGUCAGGCAUGGCAGCUGCACUUGUUAGAAAGGGCAUCGGGAGAGCUAUGGUGAACCCGGGUUUCCACCAGCACACGUCCCAGACACUUAACCCCAGGUGGUUCUGUUGCUCUCCAAGGCUGGAGAUGUUCAGAAUGCUCCAGCUGAGGAAUUCCCUGGGUUCCCAAAGCUCAUCCCAGCCCCCUGAACAGAAGAAUGGGCUGCAAUCCUCUCCACCUUCAUUAGGGCCUCAGUCAUCGGGUUGGAGCCCUGUGAAUGCAACCUGUGCAUGUGUAUGUGUGUGCGUGAGUGUGCAUAUGUGUGUGUGUAUGUCAGAGAGAGAGAGAGAACAGUGCAGUUCCAGGAAUGAACUCCAGUCCUGUGGUGUGUGAGUAAGUGGAACUGUCCCUUAGGAAGGGAACCAAGGGUUGAACUUGAUAACAUUAUGUAACAUUUUAGUCAGAUUACUGGCUGGAACUGUAAUCUUUGCUUGCUUUCACAGGGCAUGAAACAACUGGUCUGUCAGAAAAUGUAUUACAGAUUUACCUGUUGGUCCCUUUGAUCUGUGUCAUUUGCCUAAAACAUGCUUGUCACUUGCUCAGUUUUUACAAUUUGAGAUUCAAAUGUGCUCCUUGAUUAUUGAACAGGUUGAGAAAAAACCAUUUAGGGCAUAAUCCUGAACUCUCAUUAGAUGUGGUGUCCGGAAUGGGUAACUUCACAAAUGCACAUGCUCAGGCUUGCUGCUCUAGGGACCUUUUUAAAUUUAUUUUUUAUUAUUUUUCAUCCUGUGGUUCUUUAUACACUGUUGGCUCAAGUUCUCCAUCAAAUGGGGGUACCAGCACCAGAUGAUGGAGCUCCUAUGCAACCUUUUACUCUUUUUACACUUAAUUUGUGGCUUGAUUACAAGAGGGUGUAAAAUGACUUUAAAAGUCUCUAAGCUAUAGAUAUCCUGGUUCUACAGUUGGCUUUUGAGCACGCCAACCACAAUUGCCAACAAGCUAUUAACCAGUCAAGCUGGCUGAUGAUAUAGGGGUAUAUGUUAAAGUGAGCCAAAACAUCGGGUCACCUUCUUACAAUCCCACGUUGAUGGCCCAGUCUGUUUCCUGGCAAACCCAAUAAGAUUUUCUAAUUAAGAGAUGCUCUUGAAGAAACAAAAGUUUACAUAUGGUUCUGACAAUUUAUUACUACUAAUCUCAUGGUACCUCGAAUGCAUGCCUGCCUUCCAGACAUUCAGUCUGAUGAAAUGUAAAACUGGGGUUAUUUAUAGUGAUAACCUUUUUUAGAUUCAGAAAUCUGCCCUUUUCUUGUGCUUCAGCUACUUACGAUGAGAUAUAUGUUAAAUCAACAUGAGAUUACCAGUCGUGAGAUUAUCUUUAAAAACUUUAUAUGAUCUGUGUUAUAUGUAUCACUCCGUUCUAUACUAUGGAUAGACAUUUAACUAUGUUGCACAAAUGCUAAAAUACUAUUUAUGGCUUUUUAUCUCAAGUUUUCUCUGUAAACUUUAUAGCUGUUAUACCAACACAAGUGAUAAGAAAUGACAAUCCCUGGCUAUAUUUUAUAUUUUAAAGUACUUGAUAUCCAGAUAAAAUUAUAAUAGUUAAACUCAGUAGUUCCACUACCAUACUGUUUCUGAGGUUAUACAAGACAAAAAAGGCCAUCUUAUGCAACAACAUUGUGUAUCAGCCUUUGCCUGCCUCUAAAGACAUAGUGACCUGCUUAUAUUAGCAGACCCACUAACAAUGAUUCCAGCUUUGGGGAAUUAUGCAUGUGACUUGAAUUCCCUAUGAUCCUAGGGACAAGCAGUUAUUGAAAGAUGUUUUAACCUUAAAACAACAAUUAAUAAAACAAAAAAGCAAAAGCCAGACAAUCCAGAUGUUGCCACAGAUGCAACUACAUUUGGCAAUUUACGUUUCCCAUUUCUUAAAUCCAGCUCAUAGGCCCUCAGCGCCCCCUCCAUGCUUCACUGACAAAGUUCUUGCUUUCCAAGAGUGGACAUAGGCCCUGGGUCUCAUCUUCACAUGGCUCCACAGACAGGUGACCACUAGGGAGGAAGUGUUGGGCGCAGGCGCUCAACAUACCAUACCCCACCCGGGACUAAGGACCACGCCAGCUUCCGCAAUGCGCUACGUCCCUCUUUAAAUUAGCCAACCCGUGCGCACUUCGUGCUCACUCCGUACUCUGUGGCAACUCCUGAUUGGCCACAGCUGGAUAUAAUAGCCGGAGCCUACAUCCCAUUCCCGCCCUGCUUCCUUGUGGCAGCCUGUGAUUGGUCACGGCCGAAUAUAUAAACCAGAGCCCGCCUAAAUAAACUAGCAGUUAACUGUCGUCCACAAAAGCGUCUCCUGUCUCCUGUUUCAUUGGAGCUGCGCCGGUCAACUGGUGGCCCGUACGGGGAGCCCGGAGCACUGAGACCCUCUCUCCGACAGGACGAGGAGAGCUGAGACCCUCUCUCCAAUGGAACAGAGACAUUAACAGGUAAAACCGUCAAGCGCUGAUAGCGGGGGCUACUCGGCGGGCGAGGGCUGACAGGUUAAACUGCUCAACGUUGGUAGCGGGGGCUGCGGGCCGGAUAGCAGGGGCUAUCGGGCAACCUUGGGCGGACGCGUCGCAAGGGUCAGGAACUCGUAAAGAGAGUUCCGGGGGCCGAAAAGAGGCAGGUUUUGGGGGCGCCGUAAAGGGGCGCGGGGACUAAGCUGUCCCUGUAUAAAAAAAAAAAAAAAAAAAAAAAAAAGGAAAAAAAAAUAAAAUAAAAUAAAAAGAAACUCUUGAAAUUCCGGUUAACAUGGGUAACACGGCUACUCAGCCACUGUCAGUCGCCUUAAGCGACUUACUGAGAGAAAAGGGAUUACAAAUGAAACAAGAACAAAUUCAAAACUUCCUCGAUCAGGUCGAUAAGGUAGCACCUUGGUUUGGUCCCACGGGGUCCAUUACCAUCCCCAGCUGGGAUAAAUUAGGGAGAGAUCUUGACUUUGCAGCAGAAAAUGGCCUCUUGGAGCCAGGAGUCAGACCCCUUUGGGCAGUGGUGAGAAGCUGCCUUGCAGACACCUCUUGUCGUGACCAUAUAAGGGCUGGCGCCAUGGCGCUUGAUUACCAUCAGGCAGAAUCCUCCUGCGAGCAAUCUCGUGAGCCCAGUGCCGCAGGCGAGGUGACCCCACCCAAUUCAGAAACAAAGGACUCGUCAGAUAAUGAGGGGGAGGAAGAAGAAGUAUACAAAAUGGUGGAUGCAGACACCACCAAAAGAGGGGAAGUCACACACACGCAGUCGAGAGGGCCUUACUCUGAGGCCAUAAAUGAGCUGCAAUGCAGGAUUUCUCAGAGUAAAUGGGUCAAUGAAAGUGAGUACGGGAUCCCAGGGCCGCCCUGUAUAAGACCUACAGCUCUACCUCCCGACCCGCCAGAUUAUCAUGCUCACCGGAGACCCUGCCAUCAGCUAUGUAGCUGUCCGCAACGGGUCCAGACGUCCCCUGGGACAUUCCAGGAAGACCUUUGGAAUCAAGUCAACAGAGAGGACCCAGGAGGCCUGGGCCAUUUUCUCCAGGCUUUUCCGGUUGCUGUAGAUGCUCAGGGAAACAGAGCCCACCUGCCUAUAGAUAUGAAGGCGAUAAAGCAUCUUAAGGAGGCCAGCACCAUGUACGGUGUUAAUGGGGCGUAUACCCUGUCCCUAGUAGAAGCCCAGGCAGGAAACGCCAUGACACCUGCUGAUUGGGCCAGUUUGUGCAAAGCAGUGCUCAGCCCAGGCCAAUAUCUUGAUUGGAAAGCUUGGAAUGUUGAACUUGCCACAGAACAGGCCCAAGCUAAUGUCCAGAACAAUCAGGCCGCCUGGAACAUAGAUAUGUUAUUAGGACAAGGGCAGUAUCUCAAUAACCAGCUGAUAUUUCCACAAGAGGUGUAUGCACAGAUAAAUAGAAUAGCCAUACAAGCAUGGAAACGGGUCUCAGCUAGGGGAGAAGUCUCAGGCCACUUGACAAAAAUUUUGCAGGGCCCGAGCGAGCCUUUUUCAGAUUUUGUGGCCCACAUGAUGGAGGCAGCAGGGAGAGUUUUUAGAGACGCAGAGACAGCCAUGCCGCUCAUUAAGCAGCUCACAGCUGCUCUGGGUCAGCACCAGGUAUAGUUCGUUAACUUGGCAGGAGUCGGGGCUUGCCAUUGUUGAUGGCCCUACCACGAGACAAAACAAAAGCCGCAUCCAAACUUAUUCAAGAGCAAUUAAAAUUAGGCCAUAUCAAACCCUCAAGUCUAUUCUGUUUAAACAAAAGGAGGGUAUUGCCCAGGGCAUGACACCUAGGGCCAGACUAAAUCUUGCCCUCUUCACUUACAAUUUUGUAAACAUCAACCCACAAGGAUCCACGCCAGCACAGCUACAUGCCAACCCUGUCGCACCCAAACAUGGUUGGGUACGCUGGAAAGACCUCCUGCAUGGGGUGUGGAGAGGCCCCAGCCCAGUACUUAGUUGGGCGAGAGGGGCGGUCUGUGUCUUCCCGCAGGAAGAAGGCAGCGAACCUGUCUGGGUCCCGGAACGCCUGAUACGUCCCUGCAAACCACCAGACCCUGACCCAGAGGAAACGUCAACCACAGAACAGGGGAACCAACAGGAGCCUCACAAGCCAGACCAAGCAAGUAUACCCACAACUCCCAUUAACCAUGGCACCUUGGCCAACUCCCCUGGUUAGUAGCCUCCUUUUCCCUUCCUUCUUACAUCUCGUACGGCCCUUGCAGCCAAUGACUUUUCUAAAUUGCUCCACCGCAACCUGUUAUAUGUUAUAAUGUUGGGAUAACAGUACACUUUCAGCUGUUGUUAUGCAGGUACUCCAGUUCGUACCGGUUCCAGUUAUGGUGGACUCAGACGAAUUUCCUGUGAUCCAGCUCGGGCCAACUCUCCAAUUGGCUUUCAUAAAGGAAUGGGCAGAAACAGGGGCUCUGGCUACCAUGACUACACUUGCCGUUGCCGCAUUCGGCAGUCUACUUCUGCUCUGUCGGAUUCGCAGACAAAGGAAUAGGGACAAAGUAUCAAACAAGCAAUGCUGAUCAUGGAAUCUGGUCAAAGCCCGGCAGCAUGGCUCGCCAUGCUGUGACGCAGGUGUGGAGCAAAGCAUCGCAGGGGGUGUCGUCCUUGGCCAGGAGACACCCCGGUCCCCAUGUCGGUGAGCAUGUGGGUUGGGCUCAUAAAACAAUACUCCCACCCCCUCCAAAAGAGCACCAACGAGUAGUGAGGCACUGUCAUGACUGCAUCGUGACACCUCACGAGGGGCACCGACCUCUGGAGACCCUGCGUCAGUUAUAAAGAAAGGGGGAGAUGUUGGGCGCAGGCGCUCAACAUACCAUACCCCACCCGGGACUAAGGACCACGCCAGCUUCCGCAAUGCGCUAUGUCCCUCUUUAAAUUAGCCAACCCGUGCGCACUUCGUGCUCACUCUGUACUCUGUGGCAACUCCUGAUUGGCCACAGCUGGAUAUAGUAGCCGGAGCCUACAUCCCAUUCCCGCCCUGCUUCCUUGUGGCAGCCUGUGAUUGGUCACGGCCGAAUAUAUAAACCAGAGCCCGCCUAAAUAAACUAGCAGUUAACUGUCGUCCACAAAAGCGUCUCCUGUCUCCUGUUUCAUUGGAGCUGCGCCGGUCAACUGGUGGCCCGUACGGGGAGCCCGGAGCACUGAGACCCUCUCUCCGACAGGACGAGGAGAGCUGAGACCCUCUCUCCAAUGGAACAGAGACAUUAACAGGUAAAACCGUCAAGCGCUGAUAGCGGGGGCUACUCGGCGGGCGAGGGCUGACAGGUUAAACUGCUCAACGUUGGUAGCGGGGGCUGCGGGCCGGAUAGCAGGGGCUAUCGGGCAACCUUGGGCGGACGCGUCGCAAGGGUCAGGAACUCGUAAAGAGAGUUCCGGGGGCCGAAAAGAGGCAGGUUUUGGGGGCGCCGUAAAGGGGCGCGGGGACUAAGCUGUCCCUGUAUAAAAAAAAAAAAAAAAAAAAAAAAAGGAAAAAAAAAUAAAAUAAAAUAAAAAGAAACUCUUGAAAUUCCGGUUAACAUGGGUAACACGGCUACUCAGCCACUGUCAGUCGCCUUAAGCGACUUACUGAGAGAAAAGGGAUUACAAAUGAAACAAGAACAAAUUCAAAACUUCCUCGAUCAGGUCGAUAAGGUAGCACCUUGGUUUGGUCCCACGGGGUCCAUUACCAUCCCCAGCUGGGAUAAAUUAGGGAGAGAUCUUGACUUUGCAGCAGAAAAUGGCCUCUUGGAGCCAGGAGUCAGACCCCUUUGGGCAGUGGUGAGAAGCUGCCUUGCAGACACCUCUUGUCGUGACCAUAUAAGGGCUGGCGCCAUGGCGCUUGAUUACCAUCAGGCAGAAUCCUCCUGCGAGCAAUCUCGUGAGCCCAGUGCCGCAGGCGAGGUGACCCCACCCAAUUCAGAAACAAAGGACUCGUCAGAUAAUGAGGGGGAGGAAGAAGAAGUAUACAAAAUGGUGGAUGCAGACACCACCAAAAGAGGGGAAGUCACACACACGCAGUCGAGAGGGCCUUACUCUGAGGCCAUAAAUGAGCUGCAAUGCAGGAUUUCUCAGAGUAAAUGGGUCAAUGAAAGUGAGUACGGGAUCCCAGGGCCGCCCUGUAUAAGACCUACAGCUCUACCUCCCGACCCGCCAGAUUAUCAUGCUCACCGGAGACCCUGCCAUCAGCUAUGUAGCUGUCCGCAACGGGUCCAGACGUCCCCUGGGACAUUCCAGGAAGACCUUUGGAAUCAAGUCAACAGAGAGGACCCAGGAGGCCUGGGCCAUUUUCUCCAGGCUUUUCCGGUUGCUGUAGAUGCUCAGGGAAACAGAGCCCACCUGCCUAUAGAUAUGAAGGCGAUAAAGCAUCUUAAGGAGGCCAGCACCAUGUACGGUGUUAAUGGGGCGUAUACCCUGUCCCUAGUAGAAGCCCAGGCAGGAAACGCCAUGACACCUGCUGAUUGGGCCAGUUUGUGCAAAGCAGUGCUCAGCCCAGGCCAAUAUCUUGAUUGGAAAGCUUGGAAUGUUGAACUUGCCACAGAACAGGCCCAAGCUAAUGUCCAGAACAAUCAGGCCGCCUGGAACAUAGAUAUGUUAUUAGGACAAGGGCAGUAUCUCAAUAACCAGCUGAUAUUUCCACAAGAGGUGUAUGCACAGAUAAAUAGAAUAGCCAUACAAGCAUGGAAACGGGUCUCAGCUAGGGGAGAAGUCUCAGGCCACUUGACAAAAAUUUUGCAGGGCCCGAGCGAGCCUUUUUCAGAUUUUGUGGCCCACAUGAUGGAGGCAGCAGGGAGAGUUUUUAGAGACGCAGAGACAGCCAUGCCGCUCAUUAAGCAGCUCACAGCUGCUCUGGGUCAGCACCAGGUAUAGUUCGUUAACUUGGCAGGAGUCGGGGCUUGCCAUUGUUGAUGGCCCUACCACGAGACAAAACAAAAGCCGCAUCCAAACUUAUUCAAGAGCAAUUAAAAUUAGGCCAUAUCAAACCCUCAAGUCUAUUCUGUUUAAACAAAAGGAGGGUAUUGCCCAGGGCAUGACACCUAGGGCCAGACUAAAUCUUGCCCUCUUCACUUACAAUUUUGUAAACAUCAACCCACAAGGAUCCACGCCAGCACAGCUACAUGCCAACCCUGUCGCACCCAAACAUGGUUGGGUACGCUGGAAAGACCUCCUGCAUGGGGUGUGGAGAGGCCCCAGCCCAGUACUUAGUUGGGCGAGAGGGGCGGUCUGUGUCUUCCCGCAGGAAGAAGGCAGCGAACCUGUCUGGGUCCCGGAACGCCUGAUACGUCCCUGCAAACCACCAGACCCUGACCCAGAGGAAACGUCAACCACAGAACAGGGGAACCAACAGGAGCCUCACAAGCCAGACCAAGCAAGUAUACCCACAACUCCCAUUAACCAUGGCACCUUGGCCAACUCCCCUGGUUAGUAGCCUCCUUUUCCCUUCCUUCUUACAUCUCGUACGGCCCUUGCAGCCAAUGACUUUUCUAAAUUGCUCCACCGCAACCUGUUAUAUGUUAUAAUGUUGGGAUAACAGUACACUUUCAGCUGUUGUUAUGCAGGUACUCCAGUUCGUACCGGUUCCAGUUAUGGUGGACUCAGACGAAUUUCCUGUGAUCCAGCUCGGGCCAACUCUCCAAUUGGCUUUCAUAAAGGAAUGGGCAGAAACAGGGGCUCUGGCUACCAUGACUACACUUGCCGUUGCCGCAUUCGGCAGUCUACUUCUGCUCUGUCGGAUUCGCAGACAAAGGAAUAGGGACAAAGUAUCAAACAAGCAAUGCUGAUCAUGGAAUCUGGUCAAAGCCCGGCAGCAUGGCUCGCCAUGCUGUGACGCAGGUGUGGAGCAAAGCAUCGCAGGGGGUGUCGUCCUUGGCCAGGAGACACCCCGGUCCCCAUGUCGGUGAGCAUGUGGGUUGGGCUCAUAAAACAAUACUCCCACCCCCUCCAAAAGAGCACCAACGAGUAGUGAGGCACUGUCAUGACUGCAUCGUGACACCUCACGAGGGGCACCGACCUCUGGAGACCCUGCGUCAGUUAUAAAGAAAGGGGGAGAUGUUGGGCGCAGGCGCUCAACAUACCAUACCCCACCCGGGACUAAGGACCACGCCAGCUUCCGCAAUGCGCUAUGUCCCUCUUUAAAUUAGCCAACCCGUGCGCACUUCGUGCUCACUCUGUACUCUGUGGCAACUCCUGAUUGGCCACAGCUGGAUAUAGUAGCCGGAGCCUACAUCCCAUUCCCGCCCUGCUUCCUUGUGGCAGCCUGUGAUUGGUCACGGCCGAAUAUAUAAACCAGAGCCCGCCUAAAUAAACUAGCAGUUAACUGUCGUCCACAAAAGCGUCUCCUGUCUCCUGUUUCAUUGGAGCUGCGCCGGUCAACUGGUGGCCCGUACGGGGAGCCCGGAGCACUGAGACCCUCUCUCCGACAGGACGAGGAGAGCUGAGACCCUCUCUCCAAUGGAACAGAGACAUUAACAGGUAAAACCGUCAAGCGCUGAUAGCGGGGGCUACUCGGCGGGCGAGGGCUGACAGGUUAAACUGCUCAACGUUGGUAGCGGGGGCUGCGGGCCGGAUAGCAGGGGCUAUCGGGCAACCUUGGGCGGACGCGUCGCAAGGGUCAGGAACUCGUAAAGAGAGUUCCGGGGGCCGAAAAGAGGCAGGUUUUGGGGGCGCCGUAAAGGGGCGCGGGGACUAAGCUGUCCCUGUAUAAAAAAAAAAAAAAAAAAAAAAAAAGGAAAAAAAAAUAAAAUAAAAUAAAAAGAAACUCUUGAAAUUCCGGUUAACAUGGGUAACACGGCUACUCAGCCACUGUCAGUCGCCUUAAGCGACUUACUGAGAGAAAAGGGAUUACAAAUGAAACAAGAACAAAUUCAAAACUUCCUCGAUCAGGUCGAUAAGGUAGCACCUUGGUUUGGUCCCACGGGGUCCAUUACCAUCCCCAGCUGGGAUAAAUUAGGGAGAGAUCUUGACUUUGCAGCAGAAAAUGGCCUCUUGGAGCCAGGAGUCAGACCCCUUUGGGCAGUGGUGAGAAGCUGCCUUGCAGACACCUCUUGUCGUGACCAUAUAAGGGCUGGCGCCAUGGCGCUUGAUUACCAUCAGGCAGAAUCCUCCUGCGAGCAAUCUCGUGAGCCCAGUGCCGCAGGCGAGGUGACCCCACCCAAUUCAGAAACAAAGGACUCGUCAGAUAAUGAGGGGGAGGAAGAAGAAGUAUACAAAAUGGUGGAUGCAGACACCACCAAAAGAGGGGAAGUCACACACACGCAGUCGAGAGGGCCUUACUCUGAGGCCAUAAAUGAGCUGCAAUGCAGGAUUUCUCAGAGUAAAUGGGUCAAUGAAAGUGAGUACGGGAUCCCAGGGCCGCCCUGUAUAAGACCUACAGCUCUACCUCCCGACCCGCCAGAUUAUCAUGCUCACCGGAGACCCUGCCAUCAGCUAUGUAGCUGUCCGCAACGGGUCCAGACGUCCCCUGGGACAUUCCAGGAAGACCUUUGGAAUCAAGUCAACAGAGAGGACCCAGGAGGCCUGGGCCAUUUUCUCCAGGCUUUUCCGGUUGCUGUAGAUGCUCAGGGAAACAGAGCCCACCUGCCUAUAGAUAUGAAGGCGAUAAAGCAUCUUAAGGAGGCCAGCACCAUGUACGGUGUUAAUGGGGCGUAUACCCUGUCCCUAGUAGAAGCCCAGGCAGGAAACGCCAUGACACCUGCUGAUUGGGCCAGUUUGUGCAAAGCAGUGCUCAGCCCAGGCCAAUAUCUUGAUUGGAAAGCUUGGAAUGUUGAACUUGCCACAGAACAGGCCCAAGCUAAUGUCCAGAACAAUCAGGCCGCCUGGAACAUAGAUAUGUUAUUAGGACAAGGGCAGUAUCUCAAUAACCAGCUGAUAUUUCCACAAGAGGUGUAUGCACAGAUAAAUAGAAUAGCCAUACAAGCAUGGAAACGGGUCUCAGCUAGGGGAGAAGUCUCAGGCCACUUGACAAAAAUUUUGCAGGGCCCGAGCGAGCCUUUUUCAGAUUUUGUGGCCCACAUGAUGGAGGCAGCAGGGAGAGUUUUUAGAGACGCAGAGACAGCCAUGCCGCUCAUUAAGCAGCUCACAGCUGCUCUGGGUCAGCACCAGGUAUAGUUCGUUAACUUGGCAGGAGUCGGGGCUUGCCAUUGUUGAUGGCCCUACCACGAGACAAAACAAAAGCCGCAUCCAAACUUAUUCAAGAGCAAUUAAAAUUAGGCCAUAUCAAACCCUCAAGUCUAUUCUGUUUAAACAAAAGGAGGGUAUUGCCCAGGGCAUGACACCUAGGGCCAGACUAAAUCUUGCCCUCUUCACUUACAAUUUUGUAAACAUCAACCCACAAGGAUCCACGCCAGCACAGCUACAUGCCAACCCUGUCGCACCCAAACAUGGUUGGGUACGCUGGAAAGACCUCCUGCAUGGGGUGUGGAGAGGCCCCAGCCCAGUACUUAGUUGGGCGAGAGGGGCGGUCUGUGUCUUCCCGCAGGAAGAAGGCAGCGAACCUGUCUGGGUCCCGGAACGCCUGAUACGUCCCUGCAAACCACCAGACCCUGACCCAGAGGAAACGUCAACCACAGAACAGGGGAACCAACAGGAGCCUCACAAGCCAGACCAAGCAAGUAUACCCACAACUCCCAUUAACCAUGGCACCUUGGCCAACUCCCCUGGUUAGUAGCCUCCUUUUCCCUUCCUUCUUACAUCUCGUACGGCCCUUGCAGCCAAUGACUUUUCUAAAUUGCUCCACCGCAACCUGUUAUAUGUUAUAAUGUUGGGAUAACAGUACACUUUCAGCUGUUGUUAUGCAGGUACUCCAGUUCGUACCGGUUCCAGUUAUGGUGGACUCAGACGAAUUUCCUGUGAUCCAGCUCGGGCCAACUCUCCAAUUGGCUUUCAUAAAGGAAUGGGCAGAAACAGGGGCUCUGGCUACCAUGACUACACUUGCCGUUGCCGCAUUCGGCAGUCUACUUCUGCUCUGUCGGAUUCGCAGACAAAGGAAUAGGGACAAAGUAUCAAACAAGCAAUGCUGAUCAUGGAAUCUGGUCAAAGCCCGGCAGCAUGGCUCGCCAUGCUGUGACGCAGGUGUGGAGCAAAGCAUCGCAGGGGGUGUCGUCCUUGGCCAGGAGACACCCCGGUCCCCAUGUCGGUGAGCAUGUGGGUUGGGCUCAUAAAACAAUACUCCCACCCCCUCCAAAAGAGCACCAACGAGUAGUGAGGCACUGUCAUGACUGCAUCGUGACACCUCACGAGGGGCACCGACCUCUGGAGACCCUGCGUCAGUUAUAAAGAAAGGGGGAGAUGUUGGGCGCAGGCGCUCAACAUACCAUACCCCACCCGGGACUAAGGACCACGCCAGCUUCCGCAAUGCGCUAUGUCCCUCUUUAAAUUAGCCAACCCGUGCGCACUUCGUGCUCACUCUGUACUCUGUGGCAACUCCUGAUUGGCCACAGCUGGAUAUAGUAGCCGGAGCCUACAUCCCAUUCCCGCCCUGCUUCCUUGUGGCAGCCUGUGAUUGGUCACGGCCGAAUAUAUAAACCAGAGCCCGCCUAAAUAAACUAGCAGUUAACUGUCGUCCACAAAAGCGUCUCCUGUCUCCUGUUUCAUUGGAGCUGCGCCGGUCAACUGGUGGCCCGUACGGGGAGCCCGGAGCACUGAGACCCUCUCUCCGACAGGACGAGGAGAGCUGAGACCCUCUCUCCAAUGGAACAGAGACAUUAACAGGUAAAACCGUCAAGCGCUGAUAGCGGGGGCUACUCGGCGGGCGAGGGCUGACAGGUUAAACUGCUCAACGUUGGUAGCGGGGGCUGCGGGCCGGAUAGCAGGGGCUAUCGGGCAACCUUGGGCGGACGCGUCGCAAGGGUCAGGAACUCGUAAAGAGAGUUCCGGGGGCCGAAAAGAGGCAGGUUUUGGGGGCGCCGUAAAGGGGCGCGGGGACUAAGCUGUCCCUGUAUAAAAAAAAAAAAAAAAAAAAAAAAAGGAAAAAAAAAUAAAAUAAAAUAAAAAGAAACUCUUGAAAUUCCGGUUAACAUGGGUAACACGGCUACUCAGCCACUGUCAGUCGCCUUAAGCGACUUACUGAGAGAAAAGGGAUUACAAAUGAAACAAGAACAAAUUCAAAACUUCCUCGAUCAGGUCGAUAAGGUAGCACCUUGGUUUGGUCCCACGGGGUCCAUUACCAUCCCCAGCUGGGAUAAAUUAGGGAGAGAUCUUGACUUUGCAGCAGAAAAUGGCCUCUUGGAGCCAGGAGUCAGACCCCUUUGGGCAGUGGUGAGAAGCUGCCUUGCAGACACCUCUUGUCGUGACCAUAUAAGGGCUGGCGCCAUGGCGCUUGAUUACCAUCAGGCAGAAUCCUCCUGCGAGCAAUCUCGUGAGCCCAGUGCCGCAGGCGAGGUGACCCCACCCAAUUCAGAAACAAAGGACUCGUCAGAUAAUGAGGGGGAGGAAGAAGAAGUAUACAAAAUGGUGGAUGCAGACACCACCAAAAGAGGGGAAGUCACACACACGCAGUCGAGAGGGCCUUACUCUGAGGCCAUAAAUGAGCUGCAAUGCAGGAUUUCUCAGAGUAAAUGGGUCAAUGAAAGUGAGUACGGGAUCCCAGGGCCGCCCUGUAUAAGACCUACAGCUCUACCUCCCGACCCGCCAGAUUAUCAUGCUCACCGGAGACCCUGCCAUCAGCUAUGUAGCUGUCCGCAACGGGUCCAGACGUCCCCUGGGACAUUCCAGGAAGACCUUUGGAAUCAAGUCAACAGAGAGGACCCAGGAGGCCUGGGCCAUUUUCUCCAGGCUUUUCCGGUUGCUGUAGAUGCUCAGGGAAACAGAGCCCACCUGCCUAUAGAUAUGAAGGCGAUAAAGCAUCUUAAGGAGGCCAGCACCAUGUACGGUGUUAAUGGGGCGUAUACCCUGUCCCUAGUAGAAGCCCAGGCAGGAAACGCCAUGACACCUGCUGAUUGGGCCAGUUUGUGCAAAGCAGUGCUCAGCCCAGGCCAAUAUCUUGAUUGGAAAGCUUGGAAUGUUGAACUUGCCACAGAACAGGCCCAAGCUAAUGUCCAGAACAAUCAGGCCACCUGGAACAUAGAUAUGUUAUUAGGACAAGGGCAGUAUCUCAAUAACCAGCUGAUAUUUCCACAAGAGGUGUAUGCACAGAUAAAUAGAAUAGCCAUACAAGCAUGGAAACGGGUCUCAGCUAGGGGAGAAGUCUCAGGCCACUUGACAAAAAUUUUGCAGGGCCCGAGCGAGCCUUUUUCAGAUUUUGUGGCCCACAUGAUGGAGGCAGCAGGGAGAGUUUUUAGAGACGCAGAGACAGCCAUGCCGCUCAUUAAGCAGCUCACAGCUGCUCUGGGUCAGCACCAGGUAUAGUUCGUUAACUUGGCAGGAGUCGGGGCUUGCCAUUGUUGAUGGCCCUACCACGAGACAAAACAAAAGCCGCAUCCAAACUUAUUCAAGAGCAAUUAAAAUUAGGCCAUAUCAAACCCUCAAGUCUAUUCUGUUUAAACAAAAGGAGGGUAUUGCCCAGGGCAUGACACCUAGGGCCAGACUAAAUCUUGCCCUCUUCACUUACAAUUUUGUAAACAUCAACCCACAAGGAUCCACGCCAGCACAGCUACAUGCCAACCCUGUCGCACCCAAACAUGGUUGGGUACGCUGGAAAGACCUCCUGCAUGGGGUGUGGAGAGGCCCCAGCCCAGUACUUAGUUGGGCGAGAGGGGCGGUCUGUGUCUUCCCGCAGGAAGAAGGCAGCGAACCUGUCUGGGUCCCGGAACGCCUGAUACGUCCCUGCAAACCACCAGACCCUGACCCAGAGGAAACGUCAACCACAGAACAGGGGAACCAACAGGAGCCUCACAAGCCAGACCAAGCAAGUAUACCCACAACUCCCAUUAACCAUGGCACCUUGGCCAACUCCCCUGGUUAGUAGCCUCCUUUUCCCUUCCUUCUUACAUCUCGUACGGCCCUUGCAGCCAAUGACUUUUCUAAAUUGCUCCACCGCAACCUGUUAUAUGUUAUAAUGUUGGGAUAACAGUACACUUUCAGCUGUUGUUAUGCAGGUACUCCAGUUCGUACCGGUUCCAGUUAUGGUGGACUCAGACGAAUUUCCUGUGAUCCAGCUCGGGCCAACUCUCCAAUUGGCUUUCAUAAAGGAAUGGGCAGAAACAGGGGCUCUGGCUACCAUGACUACACUUGCCGUUGCCGCAUUCGGCAGUCUACUUCUGCUCUGUCGGAUUCGCAGACAAAGGAAUAGGGACAAAGUAUCAAACAAGCAAUGCUGAUCAUGGAAUCUGGUCAAAGCCCGGCAGCAUGGCUCGCCAUGCUGUGACGCAGGUGUGGAGCAAAGCAUCGCAGGGGGUGUCGUCCUUGGCCAGGAGACACCCCGGUCCCCAUGUCGGUGAGCAUGUGGGUUGGGCUCAUAAAACAAUACUCCCACCCCCUCCAAAAGAGCACCAACGAGUAGUGAGGCACUGUCAUGACUGCAUCGUGACACCUCACGAGGGGCACCGACCUCUGGAGACCCUGCGUCAGUUAUAAAGAAAGGGGGAGAUGUUGGGCGCAGGCGCUCAACAUACCAUACCCCACCCGGGACUAAGGACCACGCCAGCUUCCGCAAUGCGCUAUGUCCCUCUUUAAAUUAGCCAACCCGUGCACACUUCGUGCUCACUCUGUACUCUGUGGCAACUCCUGAUUGGCCACAGCUGGAUAUAGUAGCCGGAGCCUACAUCCCAUUCCCGCCCUGCUUCCUUGUGGCAGCCUGUGAUUGGUCACGGCCGAAUAUAUAAACCAGAGCCCGCCUAAAUAAACUAGCAGUUAACUGUCGUCCACAAAAGCGUCUCCUGUCUCCUGUUUCAUUGGAGCUGCGCCGGUCAACUGGUGGCCCGUACGGGGAGCCCGGAGCACUGAGACCCUCUCUCCGACAGGACGAGGAGAGCUGAGACCCUCUCUCCAAUGGAACAGAGACAUUAACAGGUAAAACCGUCAAGCGCUGAUAGCGGGGGCUACUCGGCGGGCGAGGGCUGACAGGUUAAACUGCUCAACGUUGGUAGCGGGGGCUGCGGGCCGGAUAGCAGGGGCUAUCGGGCAACCUUGGGCGGACGCGUCGCAAGGGUCAGGAACUCGUAAAGAGAGUUCCGGGGGCCGAAAAGAGGCAGGUUUUGGGGGCGCCGUAAAGGGGCGCGGGGACUAAGCUGUCCCUGUAUAAAAAAAAAAAAAAAAAAAAAAAAAGGAAAAAAAAAUAAAAUAAAAUAAAAAGAAACUCUUGAAAUUCCGGUUAACAUGGGUAACACGGCUACUCAGCCACUGUCAGUCGCCUUAAGCGACUUACUGAGAGAAAAGGGAUUACAAAUGAAACAAGAACAAAUUCAAAACUUCCUCGAUCAGGUCGAUAAGGUAGCACCUUGGUUUGGUCCCACGGGGUCCAUUACCAUCCCCAGCUGGGAUAAAUUAGGGAGAGAUCUUGACUUUGCAGCAGAAAAUGGCCUCUUGGAGCCAGGAGUCAGACCCCUUUGGGCAGUGGUGAGAAGCUGCCUUGCAGACACCUCUUGUCGUGACCAUAUAAGGGCUGGCGCCAUGGCGCUUGAUUACCAUCAGGCAGAAUCCUCCUGCGAGCAAUCUCGUGAGCCCAGUGCCGCAGGCGAGGUGACCCCACCCAAUUCAGAAACAAAGGACUCGUCAGAUAAUGAGGGGGAGGAAGAAGAAGUAUACAAAAUGGUGGAUGCAGACACCACCAAAAGAGGGGAAGUCACACACACGCAGUCGAGAGGGCCUUACUCUGAGGCCAUAAAUGAGCUGCAAUGCAGGAUUUCUCAGAGUAAAUGGGUCAAUGAAAGUGAGUACGGGAUCCCAGGGCCGCCCUGUAUAAGACCUACAGCUCUACCUCCCGACCCGCCAGAUUAUCAUGCUCACCGGAGACCCUGCCAUCAGCUAUGUAGCUGUCCGCAACGGGUCCAGACGUCCCCUGGGACAUUCCAGGAAGACCUUUGGAAUCAAGUCAACAGAGAGGACCCAGGAGGCCUGGGCCAUUUUCUCCAGGCUUUUCCGGUUGCUGUAGAUGCUCAGGGAAACAGAGCCCACCUGCCUAUAGAUAUGAAGGCGAUAAAGCAUCUUAAGGAGGCCAGCACCAUGUACGGUGUUAAUGGGGCGUAUACCCUGUCCCUAGUAGAAGCCCAGGCAGGAAACGCCAUGACACCUGCUGAUUGGGCCAGUUUGUGCAAAGCAGUGCUCAGCCCAGGCCAAUAUCUUGAUUGGAAAGCUUGGAAUGUUGAACUUGCCACAGAACAGGCCCAAGCUAAUGUCCAGAACAAUCAGGCCGCCUGGAACAUAGAUAUGUUAUUAGGACAAGGGCAGUAUCUCAAUAACCAGCUGAUAUUUCCACAAGAGGUGUAUGCACAGAUAAAUAGAAUAGCCAUACAAGCAUGGAAACGGGUCUCAGCUAGGGGAGAAGUCUCAGGCCACUUGACAAAAAUUUUGCAGGGCCCGAGCGAGCCUUUUUCAGAUUUUGUGGCCCACAUGAUGGAGGCAGCAGGGAGAGUUUUUAGAGACGCAGAGACAGCCAUGCCGCUCAUUAAGCAGCUCACAGCUGCUCUGGGUCAGCACCAGGUAUAGUUCGUUAACUUGGCAGGAGUCGGGGCUUGCCAUUGUUGAUGGCCCUACCACGAGACAAAACAAAAGCCGCAUCCAAACUUAUUCAAGAGCAAUUAAAAUUAGGCCAUAUCAAACCCUCAAGUCUAUUCUGUUUAAACAAAAGGAGGGUAUUGCCCAGGGCAUGACACCUAGGGCCAGACUAAAUCUUGCCCUCUUCACUUACAAUUUUGUAAACAUCAACCCACAAGGAUCCACGCCAGCACAGCUACAUGCCAACCCUGUCGCACCCAAACAUGGUUGGGUACGCUGGAAAGACCUCCUGCAUGGGGUGUGGAGAGGCCCCAGCCCAGUACUUAGUUGGGCGAGAGGGGCGGUCUGUGUCUUCCCGCAGGAAGAAGGCAGCGAACCUGUCUGGGUCCCGGAACGCCUGAUACGUCCCUGCAAACCACCAGACCCUGACCCAGAGGAAACGUCAACCACAGAACAGGGGAACCAACAGGAGCCUCACAAGCCAGACCAAGCAAGUAUACCCACAACUCCCAUUAACCAUGGCACCUUGGCCAACUCCCCUGGUUAGUAGCCUCCUUUUCCCUUCCUUCUUACAUCUCGUACGGCCCUUGCAGCCAAUGACUUUUCUAAAUUGCUCCACCGCAACCUGUUAUAUGUUAUAAUGUUGGGAUAACAGUACACUUUCAGCUGUUGUUAUGCAGGUACUCCAGUUCGUACCGGUUCCAGUUAUGGUGGACUCAGACGAAUUUCCUGUGAUCCAGCUCGGGCCAACUCUCCAAUUGGCUUUCAUAAAGGAAUGGGCAGAAACAGGGGCUCUGGCUACCAUGACUACACUUGCCGUUGCCGCAUUCGGCAGUCUACUUCUGCUCUGUCGGAUUCGCAGACAAAGGAAUAGGGACAAAGUAUCAAACAAGCAAUGCUGAUCAUGGAAUCUGGUCAAAGCCCGGCAGCAUGGCUCGCCAUGCUGUGACGCAGGUGUGGAGCAAAGCAUCGCAGGGGGUGUCGUCCUUGGCCAGGAGACACCCCGGUCCCCAUGUCGGUGAGCAUGUGGGUUGGGCUCAUAAAACAAUACUCCCACCCCCUCCAAAAGAGCACCAACGAGUAGUGAGGCACUGUCAUGACUGCAUCGUGACACCUCACGAGGGGCACCGACCUCUGGAGACCCUGCGUCAGUUAUAAAGAAAGGGGGAGAUGUUGGGCGCAGGCGCUCAACAUACCAUACCCCACCCGGGACUAAGGACCACGCCAGCUUCCGCAAUGCGCUAUGUCCCUCUUUAAAUUAGCCAACCCGUGCGCACUUCGUGCUCACUCUGUACUCUGUGGCAACUCCUGAUUGGCCACAGCUGGAUAUAGUAGCCGGAGCCUACAUCCCAUUCCCGCCCUGCUUCCUUGUGGCAGCCUGUGAUUGGUCACGGCCGAAUAUAUAAACCAGAGCCCGCCUAAAUAAACUAGCAGUUAACUGUCGUCCACAAAAGCGUCUCCUGUCUCCUGUUUCAUUGGAGCUGCGCCGGUCAACUGGUGGCCCGUACGGGGAGCCCGGAGCACUGAGACCCUCUCUCCGACAGGACGAGGAGAGCUGAGACCCUCUCUCCAAUGGAACAGAGACAUUAACAGGUAAAACCGUCAAGCGCUGAUAGCGGGGGCUACUCGGCGGGCGAGGGCUGACAGGUUAAACUGCUCAACGUUGGUAGCGGGGGCUGCGGGCCGGAUAGCAGGGGCUAUCGGGCAACCUUGGGCGGACGCGUCGCAAGGGUCAGGAACUCGUAAAGAGAGUUCCGGGGGCCGAAAAGAGGCAGGUUUUGGGGGCGCCGUAAAGGGGCGCGGGGACUAAGCUGUCCCUGUAUAAAAAAAAAAAAAAAAAAAAAAAAAGGAAAAAAAAAUAAAAUAAAAUAAAAAGAAACUCUUGAAAUUCCGGUUAACAUGGGUAACACGGCUACUCAGCCACUGUCAGUCGCCUUAAGCGACUUACUGAGAGAAAAGGGAUUACAAAUGAAACAAGAACAAAUUCAAAACUUCCUCGAUCAGGUCGAUAAGGUAGCACCUUGGUUUGGUCCCACGGGGUCCAUUACCAUCCCCAGCUGGGAUAAAUUAGGGAGAGAUCUUGACUUUGCAGCAGAAAAUGGCCUCUUGGAGCCAGGAGUCAGACCCCUUUGGGCAGUGGUGAGAAGCUGCCUUGCAGACACCUCUUGUCGUGACCAUAUAAGGGCUGGCGCCAUGGCGCUUGAUUACCAUCAGGCAGAAUCCUCCUGCGAGCAAUCUCGUGAGCCCAGUGCCGCAGGCGAGGUGACCCCACCCAAUUCAGAAACAAAGGACUCGUCAGAUAAUGAGGGGGAGGAAGAAGAAGUAUACAAAAUGGUGGAUGCAGACACCACCAAAAGAGGGGAAGUCACACACACGCAGUCGAGAGGGCCUUACUCUGAGGCCAUAAAUGAGCUGCAAUGCAGGAUUUCUCAGAGUAAAUGGGUCAAUGAAAGUGAGUACGGGAUCCCAGGGCCGCCCUGUAUAAGACCUACAGCUCUACCUCCCGACCCGCCAGAUUAUCAUGCUCACCGGAGACCCUGCCAUCAGCUAUGUAGCUGUCCGCAACGGGUCCAGACGUCCCCUGGGACAUUCCAGGAAGACCUUUGGAAUCAAGUCAACAGAGAGGACCCAGGAGGCCUGGGCCAUUUUCUCCAGGCUUUUCCGGUUGCUGUAGAUGCUCAGGGAAACAGAGCCCACCUGCCUAUAGAUAUGAAGGCGAUAAAGCAUCUUAAGGAGGCCAGCACCAUGUACGGUGUUAAUGGGGCGUAUACCCUGUCCCUAGUAGAAGCCCAGGCAGGAAACGCCAUGACACCUGCUGAUUGGGCCAGUUUGUGCAAAGCAGUGCUCAGCCCAGGCCAAUAUCUUGAUUGGAAAGCUUGGAAUGUUGAACUUGCCACAGAACAGGCCCAAGCUAAUGUCCAGAACAAUCAGGCCACCUGGAACAUAGAUAUGUUAUUAGGACAAGGGCAGUAUCUCAAUAACCAGCUGAUAUUUCCACAAGAGGUGUAUGCACAGAUAAAUAGAAUAGCCAUACAAGCAUGGAAACGGGUCUCAGCUAGGGGAGAAGUCUCAGGCCACUUGACAAAAAUUUUGCAGGGCCCGAGCGAGCCUUUUUCAGAUUUUGUGGCCCACAUGAUGGAGGCAGCAGGGAGAGUUUUUAGAGACGCAGAGACAGCCAUGCCGCUCAUUAAGCAGCUCACAGCUGCUCUGGGUCAGCACCAGGUAUAGUUCGUUAACUUGGCAGGAGUCGGGGCUUGCCAUUGUUGAUGGCCCUACCACGAGACAAAACAAAAGCCGCAUCCAAACUUAUUCAAGAGCAAUUAAAAUUAGGCCAUAUCAAACCCUCAAGUCUAUUCUGUUUAAACAAAAGGAGGGUAUUGCCCAGGGCAUGACACCUAGGGCCAGACUAAAUCUUGCCCUCUUCACUUACAAUUUUGUAAACAUCAACCCACAAGGAUCCACGCCAGCACAGCUACAUGCCAACCCUGUCGCACCCAAACAUGGUUGGGUACGCUGGAAAGACCUCCUGCAUGGGGUGUGGAGAGGCCCCAGCCCAGUACUUAGUUGGGCGAGAGGGGCGGUCUGUGUCUUCCCGCAGGAAGAAGGCAGCGAACCUGUCUGGGUCCCGGAACGCCUGAUACGUCCCUGCAAACCACCAGACCCUGACCCAGAGGAAACGUCAACCACAGAACAGGGGAACCAACAGGAGCCUCACAAGCCAGACCAAGCAAGUAUACCCACAACUCCCAUUAACCAUGGCACCUUGGCCAACUCCCCUGGUUAGUAGCCUCCUUUUCCCUUCCUUCUUACAUCUCGUACGGCCCUUGCAGCCAAUGACUUUUCUAAAUUGCUCCACCGCAACCUGUUAUAUGUUAUAAUGUUGGGAUAACAGUACACUUUCAGCUGUUGUUAUGCAGGUACUCCAGUUCGUACCGGUUCCAGUUAUGGUGGACUCAGACGAAUUUCCUGUGAUCCAGCUCGGGCCAACUCUCCAAUUGGCUUUCAUAAAGGAAUGGGCAGAAACAGGGGCUCUGGCUACCAUGACUACACUUGCCGUUGCCGCAUUCGGCAGUCUACUUCUGCUCUGUCGGAUUCGCAGACAAAGGAAUAGGGACAAAGUAUCAAACAAGCAAUGCUGAUCAUGGAAUCUGGUCAAAGCCCGGCAGCAUGGCUCGCCAUGCUGUGACGCAGGUGUGGAGCAAAGCAUCGCAGGGGGUGUCGUCCUUGGCCAGGAGACACCCCGGUCCCCAUGUCGGUGAGCAUGUGGGUUGGGCUCAUAAAACAAUACUCCCACCCCCUCCAAAAGAGCACCAACGAGUAGUGAGGCACUGUCAUGACUGCAUCGUGACACCUCACGAGGGGCACCGACCUCUGGAGACCCUGCGUCAGUUAUAAAGAAAGGGGGAGAUGUUGGGCGCAGGCGCUCAACAUACCAUACCCCACCCGGGACUAAGGACCACGCCAGCUUCCGCAAUGCGCUAUGUCCCUCUUUAAAUUAGCCAACCCGUGCACACUUCGUGCUCACUCUGUACUCUGUGGCAACUCCUGAUUGGCCACAGCUGGAUAUAGUAGCCGGAGCCUACAUCCCAUUCCCGCCCUGCUUCCUUGUGGCAGCCUGUGAUUGGUCACGGCCGAAUAUAUAAACCAGAGCCCGCCUAAAUAAACUAGCAGUUAACUGUCGUCCACAAAAGCGUCUCCUGUCUCCUGUUUCAUUGGAGCUGCGCCGGUCAACUGGUGGCCCGUACGGGGAGCCCGGAGCACUGAGACCCUCUCUCCGACAGGACGAGGAGAGCUGAGACCCUCUCUCCAAUGGAACAGAGACAUUAACAGGAAGAAGGCAGCGAACCUGUCUGGGUCCCGGAACGCCUGAUACGUCCCUGCAAACCACCAGACCCUGACCCAGAGGAAACGUCAACCACAGAACAGGGGAACCAACAGGAGCCUCACAAGCCAGACCAAGCAAGUAUACCCACAACUCCCAUUAACCAUGGCACCUUGGCCAACUCCCCUGGUUAGUAGCCUCCUUUUCCCUUCCUUCUUACAUCUCGUACGGCCCUUGCAGCCAAUGACUUUUCUAAAUUGCUCCACCGCAACCUGUUAUAUGUUAUAAUGUUGGGAUAACAGUACACUUUCAGCUGUUGUUAUGCAGGUACUCCAGUUCGUACCGGUUCCAGUUAUGGUGGACUCAGACGAAUUUCCUGUGAUCCAGCUCGGGCCAACUCUCCAAUUGGCUUUCAUAAAGGAAUGGGCAGAAACAGGGGCUCUGGCUACCAUGACUACACUUGCCGUUGCCGCAUUCGGCAGUCUACUUCUGCUCUGUCGGAUUCGCAGACAAAGGAAUAGGGACAAAGUAUCAAACAAGCAAUGCUGAUCAUGGAAUCUGGUCAAAGCCCGGCAGCAUGGCUCGCCAUGCUGUGACGCAGGUGUGGAGCAAAGCAUCGCAGGGGGUGUCGUCCUUGGCCAGGAGACACCCCGGUCCCCAUGUCGGUGAGCAUGUGGGUUGGGCUCAUAAAACAAUACUCCCACCCCCUCCAAAAGAGCACCAACGAGUAGUGAGGCACUGUCAUGACUGCAUCGUGACACCUCACGAGGGGCACCGACCUCUGGAGACCCUGCGUCAGUUAUAAAGAAAGGGGGAGAUGUUGGGCGCAGGCGCUCAACAUACCAUACCCCACCCGGGACUAAGGACCACGCCAGCUUCCGCAAUGCGCUAUGUCCCUCUUUAAAUUAGCCAACCCGUGCGCACUUCGUGCUCACUCUGUACUCUGUGGCAACUCCUGAUUGGCCACAGCUGGAUAUAGUAGCCGGAGCCUACAUCCCAUUCCCGCCCUGCUUCCUUGUGGCAGCCUGUGAUUGGUCACGGCCGAAUAUAUAAACCAGAGCCCGCCUAAAUAAACUAGCAGUUAACUGUCGUCCACAAAA